ACGACCAUCAAUCAAUACACUCCACGGGCAACUUCUGCUCCAACCCCAACCACUCUCGCUCGCUCCUUCUCAUCCUCUCUCGGCUAUGGGCUCGGCCACCCACUUUCCCACGCUCUGCUGCUAUUCCCAUCCGACGACGCCGCUCCUCCUCUCCUCCACCUCCUCGUCUCUUCCCAUCGUCACUUCCCGAACCCUAGCGUCUCGCCUCGCCCACGGCUCGAUUCUCCGCCUGGGAUUCGUCCCUCUCUCAUCAUGGAUCGGUCUGAAGCAGAUCGGCAUCUCAUUCCGGCAAGUUUACGGCCAGAGAGAAAAGAAGCGAAAAUGUUGUGGUAAAAUUGUUUAUGCUUCUCUGUUUGGAGUUGGAGCUCCAGAAGCUCUGGUUAUCGGAGUGGUGGCUUUGCUAGUCUUUGGUCCUAAAGGACUAGCCGAGGUAGCACGCAACUUGGGAAAGACUCUGCGUGCUUUCCAGCCAACAAUAAGAGAGCUUCAGGAGGUGUCAAGGGAAUUCAAGAGCACCCUUGAACGGGAGAUAGGACUUGAUGAAGUUGCAUCUUCAACGAAUUACAACAUCAAGCCCACUUCAAAUGUCAAUGAAAAUCAACAAGCUGUAGUUGACCCAAAUGGAAAGCCUUCAGCUGGACCAUACACCAGUGAAGAGCUUGUGAAAGUGACAGAAGACCAGCUGGCCGCAUCUGCUACCAGACCUCAAACAGAGGCACCCACUUCUGAAGAACAACUACAAGCAACAUCAUCAACUUCAGAAGUCACAGCUGCCAAUUCCUCAGAAGUUCCAGCUUCUCCUGUUGCUCCAGAAGCUGCUGCUCAAGUACCUUCAUCUGAGAAGGCAGAGAAUGAUAGAUGAUAAUUUCUACAUGAGCAUGAUCGUAGCAAGCGACUGGCCAAGGGGACAAUAACUUUGUCCCUACUAGAUACUGGAGCUAAAAGGUUAGGAAUUUCUGGUGAUAGAAGGGAAUUUUGUUCUCCUUGUAAGCUUGUGUCUGUGAUAUUUGUAUCAUAAGAUCGGAGAUGGGCUUAGCACCAUUAAUGGGUCAGAGAAUUUUAAAGCUAGCAGUCUGGCUCAUGUUGCUGGUUUCGGAUAUGUAUGUACAUCGUUUUCCCCCCCUCAAGCAGCUAAUAAAAUGCGAUUCUUUGACA